AUGCGCCCAGAUACGUGGAACUGCAGCUGCACACUUCUCAGACUUGGAGGCAUGUCGGAUUUCUGGGCGGGUUACCUCAGUGGUGCCAUUGGAAUUAUCAUUGGAAAUCCGCUGGACGUGAUCAAGGUACGCCUGCAGGCUGGCAACCGUGCAGAUGCAUCUACGACGUCAUAUCCUGGCCGUUUCGAAAAGACGAGUUCUCUCGUUCGAGGUGCGGCUGCUCCGAUCUUAGGAUAUGGAGCCCUCAAUGCGAUCCUCUUCGUGGCCUACAAUCGGGCAUUGACGUCGAUGGAUCGCUCCAUUACAGACCCAACCAACCCAGAGGGUGUGUCUUUGUACAAAAUCUGGGUUGCCGGUGCCGCUGGCGGCCUGGGCAGUUGGACUGUGUCAUCUCCAACCGAGCUUAUCAAGUGCCGUGCGCAACUAGACAGCCGCCCAGAAGUCUCGUCCUGGGCAGUUGCGAAGGAUAUAUAUCGCAACCGUGGGUGGCGGGGUUUAUAUUAUGGAGGUGCAGUGACGGCUGCACGAGAUUCGAUUGGUUAUGGAUUCUACUUUUGGUCUUACGAAUUAUGCAAACGAUUGAUGACAACUGAAAAUGAAAGCACUCACCAAGCGGCGCUGAAAGUUCUUCUCUGCGGUGGCAUUGCAGGUAUUGUCACCUGGGGCUCGGUGUUCCCAUUGGAUAUGGUGAAGACCAGGCUGCAGGCACAGACCAUGCAUGAUUAUGUGGCAGGCUCACCUGCGGAAGGAGAGGCUCUAUUUCGGCGCCCUCGGCAAACAUUGAACUCCUUCCAGAUUGCACGAGAGAUUUACCGAGCCGAGGGAGUGCACGCGUUCUAUCGCGGCCUCGGGAUCUGCAGCAUUAGAGCGUUUAUUGUGAAUGCGGUUCAGGUAUGUACACUCGGGACACAUUCCAUUCCAGACCGAGACAACCAUGUACUAACGAGGUGGAAUCGGGCGAAGUGGGCGGCCUACGAGUGGCUGAUGAAGGCGCUGAGCAGUCCGGGGGGUGCCCAUGGGGCGGCGGCAGCGGGAGCGCCUGCGGAGGCACUGGUUUAG